AUGGACUCAAUUUAUUCAGACGAAAUGAACGAAAAGGAAAAAAUUUUAUUAAAAAAGAUCGAUUGGAGAAUUGUUCCAUUAAUGUUUUUACUUUACUUGUUAAGCUUUCUAGAUAGGGUAAAUAUUGGAAAUGCAAAGUUGGCUCAUUUAGAACGUGAUCUUGGAUUAGUUGGAAAUGAUUAUAAUUGGAGUUUAGGCAUUUUUUUUAUAGGUUAUGUUUUAUUUGAAAUACCAUCAAAUUUAAUAUUAUUUAAAGUUAGACCUUCGAUAUGGAUACCAUCAACUAUGGUUGCCUGGGGAAUAACUAUGUCUCUUAUGGCUUUUGUAAAUUCAUAUUCAACUCUUAUGAUAACACGCUUUUUUCUAGGAGUUUUCGAAGCAGGUUUAGUUCCUGGUAUGGUCUAUUAUAUAACUUUAUGGUAUAAAAGAUAUGAACAAAGUUUUAGAAUUGGAACAAUUUUAUCUGGUGCAUCAAUUGCUGGAGCUUUUAGUGGAUUAUUAGCUUAUGCAAUUGUAAACUUUGCUAAUGAAAAUUCUAAAUUAAAAGGAUGGCAAUUGGUUUUUUUAAUUGAUGGUUUGGUUACUGUUAUAGUUGCUUUUGUUGCAUAUUUCUGUGUAGAAGAUUAUCCAGAAGAAGCCGAAUGGCUUAGCAAUGAAGAGCGGGAAUUGGCUAUUUCAAGGUUGAGAAAAGAUAUUGAUGAUAUAGAUGAUAUUAAAAUUAGGUCACAUUCAUUUGAAAAAGUUUAUGUCCUGGAAUGUUUGAAGGAUUGGUGUAACGUAGGUGUUGCAAUGAUGCUAAGUUCUGGUAACGCUGGUGGUAUAAUUGCUGCUCAAAUAUAUCGUUCUAAAGAUUACCCUCAUUACGUCCCUGGUCAUAUUAUUUCAUCCGGUUUUUUAUUAGCUUCUAUUUGUUUAUGUGUAAUCCAGUAUGGAGCUUUAGUUCGUCUUAAUGAGAUGAAGAGAAAGAAAAGAAAUCAAAUUAAAAGUUCGGGUGAUGAAAAGAUUG